GAUGAAGCAGGCCAGUGAGUGAACAGGCCACUCCCUCUGGCGGCUACCUGGGACCCUCCAGAGAGAAACGGAAACACCCCUUGGGGCCUGGCAGAUCGGCAGGAGGAAGAAUCACCUAGAAGGGAUGUGGUCCUUGGACAGUGGGAAUUUCGACCGUCCACCCUCACUCAAAACUGAAAGGGUAGCGUAAGCUGAUGGUGGUCUCGUGUUGCCCAUGGGCUGCAGAGGUUCAAAGUUUCUAGUGCCCCUACGGGAAUGAGCGUCUUUGAUCUUUUCCGAGGCUUUUUCGGCUUUCCUGGACCUCGGAGCCACAGAGAGCCUUUUUUUGGAGGAAUGACUCGAGAUGAUGACGACGAUGAUGAUGACGAAGAGGAGGAAGACAGAGGCGCGUGGGGUCGAGAGAGCUAUGCGUUUGAUGGUUCUCAGCCUCCAGAGGAAUUCGAUUUCAGCUUCAGCCCCAGAGGAGGGAUGCGAUUCCACGGCAACUUUGGCUUUGAUGAUCUAGUACGAGAUUUUAAUAGCAUCUUCAGCGAGAUGGGGGCUUGGACCUUGCCUUCCCACUCUCCUGAACUUCCAGGUCCUGAGUCAGAAACACCUGGUAAGAGACUGCGGGAGGGACAGACACUACGGGACUCAAUGCUUAAGUACCCAGAUAGUCACCAACCCAGGAUCUUUGAGGGGGUCUUGGAGAGUCAUGCAAAACCUGAUUCCACCAAACCAGCUCCAGAUUGGGGGUCCCAGGGACCCUUUCAUAGGUUGGAUGAUACAUGGCCUGUGAGUCCCCAUUCUAGAGCCAAAGAGGACAAAGAUCUUGACUCCCAGGUUUCCCAGGAAGGUCUGGGUCCACUUCUUCAACCCCAGCCCAAAUCAUAUUUCAAAAGCAUCUCUGUGACCAAGAUCACUAAGCCAGAUGGGACAGUGGAGGAACACCGCACUGUGGUAGACAGUGAGGGCCGGAGAGAGACCACAGUGACCCAUCAAGAAGCCCAUGACAUUUCCAGAAGUGACUCUCAGAGGUCUUCGGCUUUGGAUGAUCCCUUUUCCAUCCUGGAUUUGCUCCUAGGACGUUGGUUUCGGUCCCGAUAGCUUUCUUAAACUUCAGAAGCCUUCAGGUUCUUCCCACUCCCCUCCUGUUGCCCAUUGCCAAUAAGCUUAGCUUUGUCUGUCAUCCUGGGGUCUUAAAUGUGUGAAACAAUUAAUUGAGCUUAUGCUAGCCUGUCAUUCAUCCAAACUGACCAAUAAAGCCUUUAUUUAUGCUAAA